AUGAAGUCCUUGGUUCUUGGUUACGAGAAAUUGGCUCUUAUCGUGUUAGGAGGUGGUUGAUGUUAUUCUUGAGUUGGUCGUGGGCAUCUUUGUUGCUUGUGCUUUUAG